CACAUGUGGUGCGGGCGAGAGAUCGAGCGAACCAUGAUCGCCAGCUCGACUGCAGACGCUCCGAUCGGCAAGGAACGAAACACGUAACAACUACCACCUACCCAAGUGGGAAAGGAGAUGGAGAUUGUUCAGAAUACCAUGUGCCGUUUACAGCCACUGCGGCGGAAAGGAGAGUCUAACGUUUCCCAUGUGCCAACUUCCUCCUGGCAAGGAAAAAGAACCAAGCCUCAAGUUGGAUCGCCAUCCAGGACGAGAAACCUCCGAUGGCUUGGUCGGGGGCCCCCCCCAGCCUCGCUCCGACGCGAUCUGUUUCCGAGGGCGUGGGGCCGGGAGAAUUCAGAACGAUCAACAAAACUCACAUCUCUCCCUCCUUCUCUUCAUUGGGCCUUGGAAGAACAGGAGAAACAGGCCCGGAAAGUUGACAAAACCUUGUUUUGCCUGCAUAAUGCUCUGGUCUCCUUACCAGCCUGCCGACUUUUUCAAAGAAACCAAGAAACCCCAAAAACAAAAGUGUUCGGUAUCACCGACAUGGUCAUGGCAUGCAGAAGGGGGGGCAGCAUUCGCGCGAUCGAUGGUUCGUUUCAUUGGCCUGGGCCUUGCUUCGUUCCAACGGCCGGCAAUGAAAAGCCCGGGGGCGCCCACUAUUCUGACCUCAUACCUACGAAAGCUCUCCUCGCCUAAUUACCAAGCAUGCCUCAUUGUUGGGUCCGAGGUAGGAUUGGCGCGGUCUUGGAGCUGCAGGCCGGGGACGCGACGUGGGUGACCUGCAGCAACUGCUGUACAUAAUCCAGCUACAUAAUUACAACGUACCUAGUGUAGAGUUGCAGUGAAGAGAGGCCGCCUCCUUGGUUUCAUCUUCAUCCAUUCCGGGUGCUUG